AUAAAUGGACACCUAUAUUGCCAAACGUAUUGGCCCAGCCCUCCAAAUCAUUGGAUUCAGGUGUUCCAAUCCCCUCCAUGGCCACAGGUGUAUACAAUCAAGCCCCUAGGCAUGCAGACUGCUUCUAUAAACAUUUGUGAAAGAAUGGGUCGCUCUCAGGAGCUCAGUGACUAAAAGCGUGGUCCCGUGAUAGGUUGUCACCUGUGCAAUAAGUCCAUCCGUGACAUUUCCUGGCUACUAAAUAUUCCACGCUCAACUGUUAGUGGGAUUAUAACAAAGUGGAAGCAACUGGGAACAGCAGCCACUCAGCCACCAAGUGGUAGGCCACGUCACAUGACAGAGUGGGGUCAGCGCAUGCUGAAGCGCACAGUGUGCAGAAGUCGCCAAUUGUCUGCAGAGUCAAUAGCUAAAGACCUCCAAACUUGGUGUGGCCUUCAGAUUAGCACAAUAACAGUGUGUAGAGAGCUUCAUGGAAUGGGUUUCCAUGGCCAAGCAGCUGCAUCCAAGCCUUACCUUACCAACUGCAAUGCAAAGCGUCAGAUGCGGUGGUGUAAAGUAUGCCACCACUGGACUCUA